UCGACCCGCAGCUAAUCUUCCUCGCUCUCAGUCUUGAGUUCAUCCGUGUCUAUGUUGGCUUGCCUCUAUCCCUUCGAAUGAUCCUUUAUUGACUACAAUCUUCUUCUCCUCCCGAGUCCAAUCACUCAGUCAUUGUCGGGCUAUGCUGAUUCCUACGGCGGAGCUGAGUGAUGAUGGGGGGUUAGGGUUUCCUCCACCGUUAAACUCUAGGGUUUUUCAGUCUGCCGAACAAUUGUCGCCAUGUCCGGUGCCGGGCGCUGCCUCGCUGGACGGCCACUGAACCCACGGCUUCUUCCCCCUUUGUUUAGGCUGUCAAGUAAAGCUUGCAGCUUCCCAGUGAAAGCUCGGAUCUUUCCCCUCCUUCAUGCCAUCUCACUCUGUGAAGACUCGAAGGAGAAAUGGAGGCUGGGUCUUGUCUCCUGUUUCAAAAACGAUGAAGAGAAGAACUCUUUGAGUGAAAAUGGAUUUGAAUUUUUUGAGAUUAGGCCAGAUGGGGAAUUGGAUAAGCCGAAGUUGGAUCCUUUGGGCAAUCAGGAUAAACAUUGGAUUUUUGUCAUUCAAAAGGUCAUAAAUAAAAUAUUCCCGCUGCAUGAUGAGCCUUGGACCGUUCUAUGGAAAGCUGAAACCAUUGUCCAGGUAAUGCUUCUAUGGAUUGCUUCUUUCUGGUUUGUUGGAUCUUGGAUAGUCCCAUUCUUGGCACAUGCAGCUGGUUUCAGUAAAGAGUCUCUAACCCACAGAGGUCAGGCCCUGUACAGCCUUCUCACUGAUAUCGCUGAAGGGCUCGCCGGCAUUGCAAUUCUCCAUGGCUGUCUGGCUAGAUUUCGUCCCCUUCCGCCCGGUUGGUUCUGCUUCAACUUAGGAGGCUCCUGGCACCUAGAUGUUGGCUUAGGCUGUCUCCUCUUCCCAAUUGUCAACUUUCUGUCACAGAUUAACAUCAACCUUGUUCCCGUUCUGACCUCCCCCGCCGUCGGCAUUUCAAACGUCGAACAAUCGAUCAUGGCUCGCGAUCCGGUGGCCAUGGCUUUGUACGCGGUGGUUGUCUCAAUUUGUGCUCCUGUGUGGGAGGAGAUUGUGUUCCGUGGCUUUCUUCUGCCAUCAUUGACCAGAUACAUGCCACUCUGGUGUGCCAUUAUAGUGAGUGCAAUUGCUUUUGCCUUGGCACAUUUCAAUGCUCAAAGAUUGUUACCGUUGGUGUUCCUUGGGAUGGUGAUGGGGGCUGUCUUUGCCAGGUCUAGAAAUCUGCUGGCUUCGAUGCUUUUGCAUAGUCUUUGGAAUGGCUUUGUAUUUUUGGAUCUCAUGAAAUGAUGGUAUUUUACUUAUUACAGUCAGCUUCAGCUGAAUAUAAAUCAUAUUUAUGCAAAUUUUUUUUUUUUUAUUUUGUUAA